UAUUUUGGAAUCGGAGACAGCACUCAAGAUGUCGAAUAAUAAGAGAGACCCAGCGUCCAGACAGCUGGAGGAAUGGUACGAGAAAAAUAAGUCCCAGAUUGGUUACGUCACCAGCGAGGCCGGUGUGGCAGUGCCUUACGCAGACAGCAGCAUCACAGUGGGAAAAUACGGCCCCAUAGUGUUGGAGGAUUUCAAUCUAUUCGAGCAGCUCGCCCACUUCAACAGAGAAAGGAUACCGGAAAGAGUGGUACACGCUAAAGGGGCCGGAGCUUUUGGGUAUUUCGAGGUAACUCAUGACAUUUCAAAGUAUACCGUUUCUAAAGUCUUUGAGUAUGUGGGAAAGAAGACAAACAUUGCAGUAAGGUUUUCACAAGUCGCUGGCAACCUUGGAUCUGCUGAUACAGUGCGAGACCCCAGAGGUUUUGCUCUAAAAUUCUACACCGAGGAGGGAAUAUGGGACCUUGUGGGAAACAACACUCCGAUAUUCUUCAUGAGAGAUCCCAUUCUCUUCCCCAUGUUCAUCAAGUCCCAAAAACGCAACCCAGUGACGAAUCUGAGGGACUGGGACAUGUUUUGGGACUAUCUCAGCCUGAGACCGGAAAGCACCCACCAGGUGAUGUUUCUAUUUUCCGACAGGGGUAUACCGGAUGGUCACAGACACCAACACGGAUUCGGCUCCCACACGUUCUCUUUGAUUGGGAAGGACAGGAAGCUUACUUGGUGCAAGUUCAUUUACAAAACAAAUCAAGGUAUAAAAAACCUGGACCCAGACAAAGCGCAGGAAAUAGCCGGCAAAGACCCAGACUACGCCCUCCGAGACCUCUACAACGCGAUAGAAAACGGGAAAAAGACGAAGGAGUUUCCCUCUUGGACAUUCUACAUUCAAGUGAUGACCCCCGAGGAAGCCAAACAUCAGAGCUUCAAUCCCUUCGACAUCACCAAGGUCUGGCCACACGAAGACUUCCCUUUAAUCAAAGUUGGAAAAUUCGUGUUGAACCAGAAUCCCGGCAACUACUUUGCUGAUAUAGAACAGAUCGCUUUCAGUCCCAACAAUUUGACUCCCGGAAUAGGAGCCUCGCCCGACAGACUUCUUCAAGGGAGGCUAAUUAGUUACCAGGACACUCACCGAUAUCGUCUGGGAGCGAAUUAUGAACAGCUGGUUGUGAAUACCACAUUGAAUAAGGUGUCUAAUUUCCAACGCGACGGCAGGGAUGCCGUAAACAACCAAGGAGGUGCCCCGAACUAUCACCCUAACAGCUUCGGAGGACCCGAUCCAGAUCCGAAUGCUAUGUCUUGGAUACCACCACCUGCAAAAGUAGAAGGUGAUGUGGAUUACUACGACUUGGGUGAAGACGACAACUAUUCACAACCGAGGGUUUUCUGGAAUAAGGUCCUGGACGAAGGUGGGAAAAGCAGGCUGGUGGAUAAUUUGGCGAAUUCCCUGAAGAUGACCAGCGAACGGAUAAGAAACAGGGCCGUAGAGGUGUUCUCGAAGGUCGACCCGGAUAUGGGGGACAGACUUCGGAAUAUGCUAGCAACAGAAAUAGUUGUUAAUUUAUAAAAAAAAAGGUAUAAAAAUUUAA